UCCCGCAAGCGAAAGCCCCCGAACAAAUCCCCCGCACGCCCGCAGCCGACGAUGUCCACCGCCGCGGACGACGACGCCGACUACCACAGCUCCGGCGGAUCCGUCAUGCCCGACGUCCUCGCCAAGGGCCGCGAGGCCUGCUACAAGGCGCGGGAUGCCUUCUACGCGUGCGUGGAGAAGCACGCGGACAAGAAGCCCACCGAGAUCGCCACCAUGGGGCUCCUCUACCCCGCUGACUGCAAGAAGUCCCGCGCCAACUUCGUCAGCAACUGCCGCCCCACCUGGGUGAAGCACUUCGACCGGCAGUUCUGCGCCAAGAAGCGGGUGCAGAGGCUGCUCGACGGCGACGAGGACCGCCGGGGCCCCAUCUCGCUUCCCCAGCCCUACACCUUCAAGCAAUAGGUGCCGGGUGCUGGAAUUCUUAUUGACCUUUGUUCUUUCAUGGCUUGUUUCAACUCAUAACCAGAUUGCUAGAAAUAAGAAUGCCAGUUACCAUCUUAGCUAAAAUCCGUUAAGUCAUUGGUGAUAUUUCAGUCUAUCAUCCACAAUGUUUAUAGCUCUUCUAAAAUAUGAUUUUUAUAGCUAUGGAGGUUCCUUUGAUUAUAUCUAGAUUCUGAUUCGUUCUUGAAAUAAGGCAAUUACAAACAUUCCCUGAAACACAAUAAUAACCAAAAUGUUCAGUUUAUAUAACUACCUUAUCAGAUUUCAUGCACUGGUGCUUCAUUCCCUUUUACAGUGUUGUCAAAUUGACACCUCUCAACCUGUACGAAUUUCGAGUGCCAGAUAGUAUUCACAGAUGCAGAUUGUUGUUCAA